AUGUCGCACUUUGACGCAGAUCAUAGACUUCAAUUUCCUCCUUCUUUAGCAAACCUUAUUGAUAAUUAUGAAAAGCAUGAUACGCCGUUAUUCGAACCGAUUUCGUUUCGUCAUAUUUCAACUCCAACGCAUAAUUUUGUAAAUUCUCCAAGAAAAAAGAAUGAUUCGCUAAAGAGCAAAUCAAUUUUACACAUUUCAAGCAACAAUGCUCCGUUGCCAUCACUUCCUUCUGAUUCUGAAACAAAGAAUUUAAGAGAGUCGAUCAGCAUGCUUGAGCAUCAAUUAAUCGAUUCCGAAUCAGAAAUUAAAGAGCUAAGGGAUGAUAUUAGUAAAUUACAGCAAGAAAUCAGUCUUCUUCGCGGUUCUGAAAGAAUGUCACGCGAUAGUCAACCAAAAUUUGUUCAUACACCAACAUCAAAUAGAGCUCGAACAAGGACUCCUCCAGAACUUUCUGGCAACAAAUUAGCCGAAUAUUAUAAAUCUCAAUACGAAGCAAUACAAAAUAAACUCGAUAAUCUUCAAAAAGUACUUUCAAACAAUAGAAAAACAACCAGUUCUUCAAAAUCUAGAAAAUAA